AUGCCUGCCAGCAACGGAAUUGCUAGCUCCUUGAGCACCCCUCGGAACCCCGGGGCUUUCCUCUUCACUUCCGAAUCCGUCGGUGAAGGUCACCCCGACAAGAUCUGCGAUCAGGUCUCGGAUGCUAUCCUCGAUGCCUGCCUCGCCCAAGACCCCCUCUCCAAGGUUGCUUGCGAGUCUGCCACCAAGACCGGUAUGAUCAUGGUCUUCGGUGAGAUUACCACCAAGGCUGUUAUUGACUACCAAUCCGUCAUCCGAAAUGCCAUCAAGGACAUCGGAUACGACUCCUCGGAGAAGGGUUUCGACUACAAGACCUGCAACGUUAUGGUUGCCAUUGAGCAACAAUCAGCCGAUAUCGCUCAGGGUCUUCACUACGAGAAGGCUCUUGAGGAAUUGGGUGCCGGUGACCAGGGUCUUAUGUUUGGUUAUGCUACCAACGAAACCCCAGAACUCCACCCCUUAUCCCAUCUUCUCGCCCACAAGCUUAACAAGGCCAUGUCGGAUGCCCGACGAAACGGUACCAUCCCGUGGCUACGACCUGACACCAAGACCCAAAUCACUAUGGAGUACAAGCACGAUGGUGGUGCCGUCGUUCCCCUAAGAGUCCACACUGUCGUCAUCUCUGCUCAACACAGCGGUGAGGUUACCACUGAACAGGUCCGAAAGGAGCUGAAGUCUAAGAUCAUCGACUCCGUCAUUCCCAAGGAGUACAUUGAUGAUCAAACUAUUCUUCACCUCCAACCCAGUGGUCUUUUCAUCAUUGGUGGUCCCCAGGGUGAUGCCGGUGUCACUGGCCGAAAGAUCAUCGUCGACACCUACGGUGGUUGGGGUGCUCACGGUGGCGGUGCUUUCUCCGGAAAGGACUUCUCCAAGGUCGACCGAUCUGCUGCCUACCUCGCCCGAUGGGUUGCUAAGUCCCUUGUCGCCGCUGGCCUCGCUAAGCGAGCGCUAGUCCAACUCAGUUACGCCAUUGGUGUAGCCGAGCCCUGCUCCAUCUACGUCGACUCCUACGGUACCUCUGACAAGACUGCCGAAGAACUUGUCGAAAUCGUCAAGGCUAACUUCGACCUUCGACCCGGUGUUAUCGCCAAGGAGCUUAACCUAGCCCGACCCAUCUACAACCAAACAGCCAAGUUCGGCCACUUUGGUACCAACCAAGAGUUCACCUGGGAGCAACCUAAGCAACUCAAGUUUUAG